AUGUUGAUUAUCCUUGGUGACUUCAACGCCCGCGCCGGCACAGACAAUGCUGUCUGGAUAGGGGUGCUGGGUCCCCAUGAUCUCGAUGGCUUCAACGACAAUGGCCUGCUCCUCCUACGAACCUGUGCAGAACACCGUCUCGGACUCGGGCCGACAAGCCAGCACCGCAUCAAUUACGACCCCAGCGGUGAUUGCGAGAACUGUUACUUGCAGCGCGCAUAUGGUCCCACGGCAGCCACGUGCUAUAAAUACUGCACUCCUGUUGCCACCAUCAUAUUUAUCUGCGAAUGCCUCUGAUGAUGGAUUCGAGUGAGAAUCCGAAACGUCAGGCAAAUAAAUUUCUUGUUCCAAUGAUCGUAUCUUCAUCUUCUAAGCCGUCUCAUCCUGAACAACACCUUCUUCCGCCUCCCGAUACCAGAGAAGGCCACCUGGAUGCAUUCUCGAUCGCGACACUGGCACCUGUUAGACUAUGUCAUCGUCCGUAGGCGAGACCAGGGGGACGUGCUGGUAACAAAAGCGAUUCCGGGUGCUGAUGAAUUGACCGAUCUCCGAGAUGCGGAUUCGUCUAGAGCCGCGCAAGAGACUUCAAGGUAAGCGACUCCUAAGUAAGCUGAAUAUUUCUCUGUUGUCUUUGUCUGCUAAUUAUCUCCAUUUCAGCACCGAGCUAACUCGACGGCUAGAUAGCCUUCCAGUCGCUUCUGCUGCCGUCGCUGACGAGAACUCCUCCGUUGAGAACCGAUGGUGUCAGUUCCGGUACACAGUCCAGUCGACGAUCUUGGCUGUUCUCGGUCGCGCACAUCAUCAACAUCAGGACUGGUUCGAUGACAACGACGCCAUCAUCAGCAACCCGCUCGUCGUGAAGAACCACCUGCACUAA